GAUCAAUGAUCUUACUGACUGCAGAAUGAAGACCUUCGUAUAUUUGCUGUCCAUAGUUACGUGUUGCUAUGCUACACCACAAGAUUUGAGAGGACGAGUGUUCACUUUCCCUCAGCAGACAGCUAACUCAUACACCAGACUCUACCCCCAGCUGGAGAAGAUCUUCUUCAGUUCCUCUGUCUGCCUCCGAUUCUUCACUGAUGUCCUCACCAAGGACUGCCUCUUCUCCCUGAGCACCCCUGGCAUUGACAACAGUUUCACAAUAUUUCUGCACAUUGAUAAAAUAGAGUUUUGGGUUGGAGGCCACUAUGUGUACUUUAACAGGAUGGCAGCUGAGCUGAAUGAGUGGAACUCUCUCUGUGCUACGUGGGACUCAGGAACAGGUUUGGUGCAGGUUUGGCUCAAUGGGAGACCCAGUGUCAGGAAGUCUCUCCAUGCAGGUGGCUCCAUCUCUGGAACCCCUUUCAUUGUCCUCAGCCAGGACCAAGAUACCUAUGGUGGGGGUUUUGAUGCCCAGCAAUCGUUUACCGGCCAGCUGACAGAUGUGCACAUGUGGGACUAUGUUCUCUCCCUGUGUGAGGUCCAGACCUAUGUGCAGGCAUGGGCUUUCAGACCAGGGAACGUGCUGGACUGGGGGUCGAUGGAGUACACCAGACAUGGGUAUGUGGUCUUGGAGAGGCUCCAGACUCUUGACACCUGCAGAAUGGGGUCGCUGAGCAACAAGUCGUCGCCGGAGGGCGGCGUUGGCAUUCCGGAACUGAAUGUAAAUACCCACGAUGUUCCGGAACAUUCUCAAGACAAUUUCAUCCCAGAACAGUCUGGAUUUGAAAAUGACAUUCCUAUGCCGUCUGGUGAUGAUACCAAUCCUAAAAUCUCUGAAGAUAUGAAAAUGACAGUUUAACAGCUUUUUGAUAUUAAUAUUGUAUAUGUUAACUCAAAUUAAAUCACAGAAUAAAUUUACACAUGGCAUUUCGAUAGGUUGAAAGUCACCAUGAAUUGUUUUUUAAAUACUAGUUGUUAUUGUUGCUACUUUAAUUUGGAUUUGAUUUUGUGAUUAUUAGGAUUAAUAUAGACCAUUGUGAUUAUGAUUAUUGUUUGGUCCUUGUUUUCAUGUGCUUAAAACAAACCAUCAAUGGCAUUUUCCAUGAUAUUUGUUUUGUCACUGACUGUGAAGCAGUUAGCUCUCUGAAAUGUGACCUAAUGAGAAAAUCAAUAAAUGAUCUUGAAUUUA